CCGCACACUGAUGUUUCUCUCUCUCUCCCUCCCUUCCCUCUCUAAAAAUAAAUAAAUAAAAAAUCUUUAAACAAAACGAAAGAAAACAUGGGCUGUGUUCAGAAAAGGGAGAAUAGUCCCAUUUAAAAAAUAAAUAAAUAAAAUCUUUUAAACAAAAAAAGCUCAUCAGUGACCCCCUGCGGGGUGACAGCAGCCUGGACUAGGGUGGAGAGCAGCUGUGGGCCCUGCGCGGUAUUUCCGGGCCCCGCCGACAGGCAGGGCUGGGGCUGGGCACGAGAAGCACUGGAGCGACGGAGCCUCGGAGAGGAGCCUGGGUGCGGGCCGGCGUGGUGCAGCCCCGCGAACCGGGUCGGGGCCGCUGAUGUGACCCUGCACCUAGGCCACGGGAGUCGCACUGUGGAGACCCUUUGAUCCGCGGAUGGUUGUGAGGCAGGCAACUUGGGAAGCCCGAAAACGUUGCAGUCCGCAGCCCUGCAGGCGAGGCGGACCCGCACGGCCUGGGGCAGGGGCGGGGCCCAGGCCUUACUGCGCAGACUCGAGCUAGUCGUUUCCAAGGCGGCGAGUCCCACGCGCUCCAGCAGCUCAGCAACUGUCGCGUCCCUGGCUUCCGCCCAAGCGCGUCGGUACCCCCACCUCUGCACCGGCUGCUGCCCGGGGUCAGCCGAACCUCGCUCUCUCUGUCCCAGGCCCCGCCAUGGGCGACCUGGAGCUGCUGCUGCCUGGGGAGGCUGACGUGUUGGUGCGGGGACUUCGCAGCUUCCCGCUGCUGGAGAUGGGCUCCGGAGGGUGGAACCAGCAGCAUGAGAACCUGGAGAAGCUGAACAUGCAGGCCAUCCUCGAUGCCACGGCCAGCCAGGGCGAGCCCAUCCAGGAGCUGCUGGUCACCCACGGGAAGGUCCCGACGCUGGUGGAGGAGCUGAUUGCGGUGGAGAUGUGGAAGCAGAAGGUGUUCCCCGUGCUGUGCCGGCUGCAGGACUUCACGCCCCAGAACACAUUCCCCAUAUACAUGGUGGUCCACCACGAGGCCUCCAUCAUCAAUCUCCUGGAGACCGUGUUCUUCCACAAGGAGGUGUGUGAGUCAGCAGAGGAUACCGUCUUGGACCUGGUGGACUACUGUCACCGCAAACUGACUCUGUUGGUGGCCCGGACUGGCCGCAGUGGCCCCCCAGAGGAGGAGGAGUCCCAGCAUAGCACCCCCAUGCAGGAGCUCCAGAAGCAGGCGGAGCUGAUGGAGUUUGAAAUCGCACUGAAGGCGCUCUCGGUGCUACGCUACAUCACGGACUGCGUGGACAGCCUUUCCCUGAGCACCCUGAGCCGCAUGCUCAGCACCCACAACCUGCCCUGCCUCCUGGUGGAACUGCUGGAGCACAGUCCCUGGAGCCGCAGGGAAGGAGGCAAGCUGCAGCGAUUUGAGGGAGGCCGUUGGCAGACAGUGGCCCCCUCGGAGCAGCCGAAGCUGAGCAAGCUGGACGGGCAGGUGUGGAUUGCCCUGUACAACCUGCUGCUGAGCCCCGAGGCCCAGGCCCGCUACUGCCUCACCAGCUUCGCCAAAGGGCAGCUCCUCAAGCUCCGGGCCUUCCUCACGGACACGCUGCUCGACCAGCUGCCCCACCUGGCGGACCUGCAGGGCUUCCUGGCCCGCCUGGCCCUGGCUGAGCCCCAGCCCCCGAAGAAGGACCUGGUGUUUGAACAGAUCCCAGAGAUCUGGGAGCGGCUGGAGCGGGAGAACAAAGGCAAGUGGAAGGCUAUCGCCAAGCACCAGCUGCGGCACGUGUUCAGCCCCUCGGAGCAGGACCUGCGGCAGCAGGCCCGAAGGUGGGCCGACACCUACAGGCUGGAUGUGCUCGAGGCAGUGGCUCCGGAGCGGCCCCACUGUGCCUACUGCAGCGCCGAGGCCUCCAAGCGCUGCUCACGGUGCCAGAAGGAGUGGUACUGCUGCAGGGAGUGCCAAGUCAAGCACUGGGAAAAGCAUGGAAAGUCUUGUGUUCCGGCAGCCCAGGGUGACAGAGCCAAGUGAUGGCUGCAGCCGCGGAAGGCCGACCACCAGCGCCAUACCACCCAGCCAGAAUGUGCCCCCGACCCUCGGGAACUCAGCCUGGUCUCUGCUAGAGCCCCCACCUCCCAGGUGGAGAGGGCAGGCGAGGCGGAGUGGUCGUCCAAUCUCCCCCAGCAAAGCGCUCCCCCCC